UAUUUUGCAACAGGAAUAGAAGAAGUGACGCUUGAAAUAAUCUCUACUUCGUGAGUCACAUCCAUUGAGAGAUUACUCGUCGUUUUCAAGCAGAAUCCUAAACUUUGUUUCUGUCCUGUCCUGAAAACUGUUAUCCAUAAAGUUAAUUUUGAACCUUCUACAGCUAAAAUGAUGGCGGCUGAUCAACCUAUGCACGGAGUUCCUCCUUCUCUCUCUGCCAAAGUGGUUGGGUCAUUUGCUUAUUUGACUGUGAAAGACAGAUUGCCGACCAUACUGACUAAAGUAAUAGACACAAUCCAUCGCAACAAAAACAAGUUUUUUGAAGAAUAUGGUGAGGAGGGUAUUACAGCAGAGAAGCAAACCAUUUCUCUGCUGUCUAAGAUGAGAAAUGAGCUGCAAACUGACAAGCCUGUACUAGCCCUGACAGACGGUCUCAAGGACAUAGACUCCUGGAACCAGUACCUGCAGAGACAACAGGGGGUGCAAGGGGACCAGGAGUCUGUCAGCUGGUUCAAGUCUCCAUGGCUUUAUGUGGAGUGCUACAUGUACCGCAGGAUACAGGAGGCCGUUUGGCUCAAUCCUCCCAUCAAUGACUAUGAUGUCUUUAAUGAGGGAAAGACUCAGAGCUUUUUUGAGUCUCAGCAGGCUGUGAUGACCCUAUGUACAUAUUUGGAGGGUGUCAACAAGAACAUGGAAGAAACUUCUAAAAGUCAGCUGCUUGAGCAUUUCAACAAAUUACUAAAGGUUUCUCUAUGGGGGAACAAGUGUGACCUGUCGAUCUCCUCUGGCCAGGACAACUCACAGAAGACCAGCCCCAUAGACUCUCUCAAUAGCUUAGAACCCUUCAUCUUGGUGGAUGACUCCAACAUGGUAUGGUCAACUCUUAUUUCGGCCCAGCAGCAAGAACAGUCAGGGAAAACGACCUCUGGCAGAGUGGACAUUGUUCUAGACAAUGCUGGCUUUGAGUUAGUCACUGACUUGGUACUAGCAGACUUCCUGGUUGCUUCUGGCUUAGCCAGUGAGAUUCAUUUUCAUGGCAAAUCCUUCCCAUGGUUUGUCUCUGACGUGACGGCAAACGAUUUUCAAUGGACCAUCAAGCAGACCAUGGCAGCCAAUCACAAGUGGAUGUCAAAGAGUGGUGUACAGUGGCAGAGCUACCUGAAGGAGGGUGUGUGGUCCUAUCAUGACCAUCCUUUCUGGACGCUGCCACAUGAGUUCUAUGACAUGGCAGCUGAUGCUCCUGACCUGUAUGCGACCCUGCAGAGCGCAGACCUGGUGCUGUUUAAAGGUGAUCUCAACUACAGGAAGCUGACAGGGGAUAGGGAGUGGGACCACACCGUGGGCUUUGAUACUGCACUUAGGGGGUUUGGACCUGCACCACUGUGCAGCUUGAGGACUCUGAAGGCUAACAUUCAGGUCGGUCUGCAGCCAGGCCAAGCAAUGAAGCUCAGCUCCCAAGAUCCAGACUGGAUGACCAGUGGCAAGUACGCUGUCGUUCAGUUCUACAGCCCAAACUCAGAACAGUAAGACUGACCUCAGCAGGAAGACAAGCAUUCAUGCAACAUUACAGUGAAGCAGUGACUUAAGCAGGAGUUAUCUUUGAGCCAUAAUACCAUUUAGUUAUACAAGUUUGUUAAAUGGUGUAAUUUUCCCUCAUUGUCAGUUAUCACUUCAUCAUGUUUGAUACAGAAAUGCACAGUAACAAAUAGUUCAUUUUUAUUUUCACUGUAAAAUCAUAUGAUAUCAUGAUCUCAUACUUAAAAUGUUUGCACUUUCAGACUAAAAUGUUUUUCUUAUGAUUUGAACACCAGUCAAUUGUUUACUGUGACAAAUGUAUCCACAGAGAUGACAAAAAUAUUUCCACUGUAUUUUAUUUCAAUAGUCAUAAUGUCUACAGGUUGAUAUAGAUCUUACUAACAAAUAUUGCAUUGAAAAUUAAGCAAGAAUUUAUAUAUCCUCAUCCUUACAGCAGCAAUACAGUUGCUUCUGCAUGCAAUUUAGAAGAGUGAUGAUGAAUGUAAUAUGCAGUUAUUUUAAUGCAGCUCAGGUUGUUUCACUGUUAUUGAUAUGCAUUCAUUAAAACAUGCAGACAUUUAUUUAAAUUCAUCCAAGGCAUGUCAUAACAUGUUUUGCCCGGAUUUAAAGAUAGCGGACUGUUAUUGGGGCAGUGUAACAACAACAGUGACGACCUGCUUGUUUUGUUUUAAACAGCAACCCUGACCUCUGUAUCUUCAUAGAUAAACGUGGAUGUCUCUGUGCACACUGUUAUGUAAUUUAAAUCUUCAUUGUCAGUGUUAGUAGUACCUCAGAGGUGAUGCUAACUCAGUGCUGCUGGGGGGAAUUAUAUCAUUUUCAUUAAUGGGUUUGAUUAAAUAAAGAACUCCAA